AUGAAUAAAAGCUCGUUCGACGCCAUGCCGCAUCUGAUGCACACUCAGUUUGGAGCUCGCGUUGUUAGGACCCGUAAAUACUUGGACGAGCGACUCGAUGUCCUUGACAAAUUAUGGGCCGAGUUCCAAGGUAACGACCAACGGUUGUCGCUCUACCAUAACGAUACUGAUCCUUAUUUUAAAGAAAAUCAAUACGUACAGGCAAGAGAAUACUUUGAUUCUGUACGCAUCAAGGUAGCGUCAUUUUCGCCAGCAAGGGAGACUUCUGUGUCACCGACACCAGGAGCUGGCAAACCACUGGAAUCACCUGCGAUUCCGACAACACCAAAGCUGCAGCCAAGACUCACAUUGCCAACAAGUUCAAAUGCCACUAAGAUCUCAACGUCGGAUCGAGGUCAGGCAACAGAAUUGAUGUCACUGCAAAGAACAAACUUCCGAGCUUUUCAUCGACAAAUAAAUCGCUUGAAAAUAAAUGAAAUCCAAGACAAAUGGGAGCUGGAAGACGAGUUACGCAACAUACAAACGCGCUGGAACGCAAUAGACGCUUUGCACUUGCAAAUAGAUAAUAUCCUACAAGGAUCGGAUACCCAGUACGAUAGUGAGUUUUACGCCUACGAAGAUUCAUAUAAGUCAAUCAAAAGGGCGUUGAAUCUUAAACUCACAUCGACCAUUCAUCACGAAAAAUCGACACCACAGAUCGACUUGCCUACGUUUACAGGCAAAUAUACGCAAUGGCCUACGUUUUAUGACUUAUACGUAGAAAGUAUUCAUAAUAACAAUUUGAUUACAAAAACUCAGAAGAUGCAACACCUAAAGAGCAAAUUACGAGGAGAUGCUGAACGAAUCAUCCAACAUCUAACUAUCUCAGCGGACAACUACGACACAGCGUGGGAAUUGUUGACACACAGAUAUAACAAUCCACAAUUGUUAUUUACUAAACAAAUCGAAAUCUUUAUUAAUCAGCCAGCCGCUCAAAAACAAUCAGCGUACGAGAUUAGACGUAUUUACGACACGUCAAUGGAAUGUAUCUACGCUAUUAAAAACUUGGGUAUCGAUACAAGUACCUGGGACCCAUUAUUAGUACAUAUUAUUACAAAAAAGCUGGAUACAGUCACCUAUAACGACUACAAGGAAGCCCGGAAAAUGCCACGAGAAUUACCUUCACUCUCGGAGCUAAUGGACUUCUUAGAGAGCAAAUUCAUCGCUUUAGAACCAAGCGGCAUAAGAGAUAGAGAAAUGUCGUCAUCAUUCAAAAAAUAUAAUCAACAAAAAUCAGUUAAUAACAAGACUUACAAGCCUCAAUUUCAAAAGGAGCAUCGGUAUGGAAAAUUAAUAAAUAAAGAAUAUCAAAGCGUUGCGACAUACAUGUCAAAUUGCCCGAUUUGUGACAAGAAACAUCCCUUAUACAAAUGCGAAAGGUUUAUCAAAUUAACACCGGGCGAACGUUAUCGAAUUAUCGAAGAUUUUAACCUUUGUCAUAAUUGCUUGUACACACAUAACAAGAAUUUAUGUACGUCAAUGAAAAAAUGCAAACUAUGUAAAAAGAGUCAUAACACAAUGUUACAUGACGCCUAUACUAUAAACAUUAAUAAGCAGUCUACAAACUCGCUGACUGACAUGUCUAGUGGGUCAUCAACCCAACUGAAUACUCCAACUCCGCAAAAAUAUCAAGUCUCGUUGCAACAAGAUGCUAAGCAACAUUGCGUCAAUCACGUCGCUACGGAUGAAGAAGAGAUUUUACUGACUACCUUGUCUAUCAGAGUUAAGGCCCUUGAUGGCACAUAUAUGACAUUGAGAUGUCUGCUCGACCAAGGCUCUCAGAUUUCCCUAAUAUCGGAAAACGCCGCUCAGAUGCUGGGCUUGCCGCGGCAACGGUACCAUGCUUCGGUAUCUGGUAUUGGUAACGGAUCGAAACAUAGCAAAGGAGUCGUCAAGCUCGAGUGUCAGUCUAUUUACCAAGAUUACGCGUUUACGACGCAAGCAUUAGUCAUCAAUCACGUCAUUAACAAUUUACCAAACAUAUCCUUCAAGAAAGAAUCGUGGCCUCAUAUACAACACAUACAACUAGCCGACCCGGAAUACAACGUAUCUAGGCCUAUCGAUCUAUUACUAGACGCAAGCAUAUAUUCAGAAAUUAUAAUGAGCGGCCUGAUCAAAGGUCCGAACAUGGCUCCAAUAGCCCAACAAACAAAGUUAGGCUGGAUACUAUCGGGUAGCGUGAAAACGUUUAAAUGUCACGUGAUUACUACAGACCUGUCAGCGAUUUCUCAAUAUUGGGAGCUAGAAGAAGUCAAUGAUUCGUCUAUCGAAAUGACUCCAGACGAAGAGUAUUGUGAACAAUUCUAUCAAUCAACAACAAAACGUUUAUCAAACGGACGAUAUGAAGUGGCCCUCCCCAUGAAACCGGGAUUUGAAAAGGACCUCGGUGAAUCGAAAACAAAGGCAAUUGCUCAGUUCUACAACUUAGAAAAGAAGAUGAAUAAAAACGAUUGCUUCUCGGAAAGCUACAGAAAUUUUAUGCAAGAAUACGAACAAAGUGGUCACAUGUCUCCCGUUACAAAAUGUAGUUCAUUUGUACACUAUCUUCCUCAUCACGGUGUACAAAAAAACGACUCUACAACAACUAAACUACGAACGGUAUUCAAUGGAUCAUCAAAAACAUCAAGUGGAUUCAGCUUAAAUGACUUGAUGGAGCGUGGUCCGAAUUUGCAAAAGGAUUUACAGCAUCUCAUCUUAGUAUGGCGACAACAUAAGUAUGUCGUUACUGCUGACAUAGAGAAAAUGUUUCGUCAAAUAAUGGUUCGAGAAACCGAUCAACAUCUGCAACGUAUUGUCUGGAGAAGCAUACAAGAAGCCCCCUUAAGGGAGUACCAAUUGACUACGGUCACGUAUGGUACAAAGGCGGCCCCUUAUCUCGCUAUGCGUACUAUAAAGCAGCUAGCUAUGGAUGACGCACACAAGUUUCCCCUGGCAGCUAAAGCGCUAAUGACGUCAUUAUACAUGGAUGAUCUGCUCGAAGGUUGUGAUAAUAUCUCUCAAGCAAAACAGUUACAAAGAGAGAUCAUCGAUAUCCUGAAGGGAGCCGGCAUGAAUAUUCGGAAGUGGUCCAGCAAUGCAAAGGAACUGAUUGAAGGGCUAUCCGCUAAUCAAUUAGACACUCCGUUAGAUUUUAAGGGCCUAGAAAACCGAAAAACCUUAGGCUUACGCUGGAUUCCGUCGUCAGAUAUUUUCGUAUUCAAAAAUAUAUUCGAAGAUGAAAACAGUGAUGACGUCAUAACUAAAAGACAACUCCUUUCGAACAUUUCCAAGGUAUAUGAUCCCAUGGGAUUUCUCAGCCCCCUUUCAGUUCGGGCAAAGCUUUUAUUCCAACAAACUUGGUCUGAAGAAACCACGGAUUGGGAUACACAAUUGUCGAAUACCAUAACGAAUGAAUGGAUAAAGCUGAAACGUGACUAUCAACAAAUAGACCAGUUUAAAAUUCCUAGAUACAUAGGCGAUAAAAAUCAUUAUACAAUUCAUGGAUUUUGUGACGCAUCCGAAAAAGCAUAUGCUUGCGCUAUUUAUGCCGUCACGAUAAAUUCUAAGGGCAAGUACACAUCGACGCUUGUGACUGCUAAGACAAAAUUAGCACCCUUGAAGAAAAAACUAUCCUUGCCAAAACUUGAGCUAUGUGGAGCACUGCUACUAUCACGGCUUAUAAAAAAAGUAAUUCAAACCUUGCCUGAUAAUCUACAAGUAUUUGCCUGGACCGACUCCAUGGUGGUUCUUGGUUGGUUAUAUGGAGAUGUCAAUAGGUGGAAACAGUUCGUGGCUAACAGAGUUCGAACUAUCCUCAAUAUAAUUCCAUCAUCGUCAUGGCAUCAUGUUAAAUCUGAAGAUAACCCUGCAGACUGCGCCUCGAGAGGACUGUCAACACAGCAGUUAUUGGAGCAUCAUUUAUGGUGGCACGGCCCGCAGUGGUUGUUAACAUUUAAUUCGAGUACAAUGAAGGAAGAAAAAUAUCAACCACCACGCUUAGAAAUAAAAGCAUCCAGUGUGACCGCAGCCUUAUCUUAUAAAAAUGCUUUAGUAUUGCAAUUAUUAAAUGAAUGUAGCUCAAUAGAGCGCUUAAUCACUAUAAUCGGCUGGCUCACACGUUAUACACAAUGGUUGCGACGUAAACAAAUACUUCAUCAAAAUUAUCUUUCUUCUUUGAGUCGGCAGGAUGUACGGGUCAACGCACAUUGA